AUGAAGGUUCCAACCACCUUCAAGGAGAUGUUCCUCUUUAACGCCACUGUCAUGGGCUAUACCAACAAUGAUUGGAUGAGUAUCAUCCUGGACCAGUUCGACCCGAUGGUCCUCAACAUCGCCAACUCCCAUCGCCUAAGCGAGGAGUGCGAUGUGCUUUCCUUGGUCUUGGCCAAGCAGAACAUUGAGAUCCAGCUGACGGAGUUCCGCUCCGUGAUGCUGGCGACGCUGCGGUCCUUAGCGCCGAAGGACUGGGACACGGAGCACGAGGUGGCCUGGAAUUGGCUUUGGGAAAACAUCGAGCGCAUGCUGAAGGCAGAGCGGGCGCAGUGGGGCAAGCCAAAGCAGCUUGGCAUAUACAUUCGUUGGUUGGGGGUGCAAGAGAGAGCACUUGACCUCUUCAUCGGUGGGCUCUCUGAUGAGAUGGUGAAUUAUUUCAGGCGAGAAGUCUACAAGAGAUUCUUCCAAAAUGCGCCGGCAGGACAGGAUCACUUCAAGCAGUCAACGACAAGGCUUUACUUUUUGGCUGACCGCGUGGUUGAAAUCACCUUGGACAUGUUCAAGCGCCCGCGGAAGAUGGUGCAAGAAAUCUCAGGCUUGGGCUUGCGCCACGUGGGCUUUGGCAUUCCAACGGAGAUGUUCGGACCGUAUGUCUCGGCGGCAGUCGACACGGUCGCUUCCAUGUCACCCGAUGACCAUGCUCUGGCGGGCUUUCGAUGGUCGUUGACGCUGGUGGCCAAGAUCUUAGUGCGAGCGGUGGGGGAGGGUGCCACACUGGUGAUGAGAGCCAUCAAUACCAAUCAGGAGCAGGCGAUGAAGAAGGCGGUGGCCAUUGCUCCACGCGGUAAGAGGGCUACGGAGCUCUUGAACAUCUCUGUGGGCACCCAAUCGAUCUCUCCACUCUUCUGGGCGAUUGAGAGUGGUGCGCUCAACAGCGCGCGGGCGAUGAUCAUCGAUCUUCUCACCAUUCGAGCAGAUCGGGAUGUAUACUAUUAUGGCUGCAAUGAGCUGUUUACCCGACACCCAGAUAUCAUACAAAGGCUUUGUAAAGAUGCUCCCACUUUGCUGUACACCCUACUGGAUGGCUUAGUCUGGCGUUCUCGGUUGACCGUUCAAGCCCAGCGCCGCAUCAACUACUAUGUGAAGCAUUUGGUCCAGGACUUGCAUGGCAAGAGCAGUCAGAGUUUGAGCUGGUUGGCUGCCCAUGGGGAUCCGAAGGUUAUCGUCCACCCAGUGGUGGUGAUGUUUGCAGACCUCAUCUGGAGCCACCUCGCCAUGUAUCACUUUCUGCUGGGAAGAUGUUAUUUCCUCUUCACUGUUUGUGUCUUCGUGACCAGCCAGGCAGUGCUUUUUCGUCACGACGGGACUGAGACAGUGGAGGAGAAUGUCAUACGCUUUGCCUGCCGUUGCUUCUUGUAUUUCUUUGGAUUAUCAAAGCUUUGUUUUGAUCAAUGCCGGCUCUUAGCCACCGACCUCAAGACACGGAACUUGAGAUGGUUUCGUUGUUUCCCAAUACCUCGAUACUUGUUUAGCCUGCAGCAUGGUGGGACGUGCCUCCUUGCCAUUCUGCUGAUCUUGAUGUACAUUGAAGAGCCCAUCAUGUGGUGUGGCGUGUUCUCCAUCACUGAUAAAGGCCCCCUGAUUUUUACAAACAACUGCAUUGAAGCAGAGCAAGCAAAGAAUACUUACUCCAUCUUGUCCUGCUUUGCCAUGUUGCUGUACUGGGCUUUACUGAUGGACUUUACGCUCUUCUCAAUGAGGACAGACUCGUGGAGACUUGAGUAG